CGCCGGGCAGAAGCUCUGGAGACACCGUAAUGGCUGUUCGUGAUCCUGGGCCCGCGCGCUCCCUGCUGGUUGCCCUUCUGGCGCCCGCGCUGGUGGCACUACUGGUGUCGCCGGCCUGGGGUCGCGGAGGCCAGGACCACGGGGACUGGGACGUGGACAGGCGACUGCCUCCGCUGCCACCCCGCGAAGAUGCAGCGCGCGUGGCCCGUUUCGUGACGCACGUCUCGGACUGGGGCUCGCUGGCCACUAUCUCCACGAUAGAGGCGGUGCGCGGCAGGUCCUUUGCGAACAUCAUCUCAUUCAGUGACGGUCCCCCGGGCGCAGGCAGCGGCGUGCCCUACAUGUACAUGAGUCCACUGAUGCAGCUAGUGAGCGAUCUGCAGGAAAAUCCACAGGCUACGCUGACUCUGUCUUUAGCACAGACUGUCUACUGUAGGAAACAGGGGUUCGAUCCCCAGAGUCCCCUCUGUGUUCAUAUAAUGAUGUCCGGAACUGUGACCAAGGUGAAUGAGACAGAAGCGGACUAUGCAAAGAACGCGUUAUUCCUUCGACACCCUGAGAUGAAAACUUGGCCUCCCAGCCAUAACUGGUUCUUUGCUAAGUUAAAUAUAACCAAUAUCUGGGUCUUGGACUACUUUGGUGGACCAAAAGUCGUGACACCCGAAGAAUAUUUUAAUGUCACACUGCAGUAUGAUGAACAGAACCACAUCAGGGAAGUGCCUUAGAUGACCUGUGCGCACUGACAGGGCUUGGCGCUGCUGUCUGGAACUUUCCAGGCUCCCAGCUGACUCUGCCUCCUGUCGGUCGGUCGAUUUGUUUACAGCAUGUGAUCGGUUCCUAGACUGGGUCUCUUGGAAGAUGUGGUUGCUGGAUUUUAAAAAUGUAUUUCGAAGCCAUUCGUUAUAACCAAGGAAGUCUUCUUUCAUCUGUUCCCGGUGGUUUUUCCUCAGUGGUGCCCAUAGAUGGGCAACAUAUAUACCAGGUGUAGCUUGCCCACUGGGACUGGAGGUA